CUCUAGCCUGAGCUCACACUGGGGUCCUACAUCAUAGGUCCAUAUCCUCAACCACACGGCUAUGACUAGGGUACUGAAUCUCAGGAUCUAAGGAUACAGUUGGACCCAGUGUAGGAAAUGACACCAGAAAAGUCAAAGCUGAACAAUCUGUGCGCUGACCUUUAUCCUAUUUGUCCCAAAACUUGGCCUGUAGUUGCUGCUUGACAGCUGGAGUUUUGCUGCUGACAAUCUUUUCUAGCAGCACAACUAGAAGUCUUAAUAGAUCUAUCACUCCUUUGCAUGGAUGACCAAAUGCCGUCACCACAAGACAGUCAAACCGAGGAUUUAGACCCUCUAUCUCUUUUGCAGAGUCCCAAGGAAAACAUGCUGUCUGCAUAUGAGAAAGGAGUAGAGGCUGUGUCAGAUCUCUCAAACCCCAAAGACAAAUCCACUGAGCCUUUAUCAAACGUUUCCAAAUGCCUCUCUCAGGAGAAAAGCACAGGCUCAUCCAGCUAUAACAUGUCAGAGUGUUUACCACUUUGCUCCAAGCCUGCAAACGAUGAUGAUUUUAGGGUUUGUAGCUAUUUUGGCUUAUCAGAACCUGUAUUACCUCUUUUACCUCACUUCUCUCAUGACCGUGUUUCCCCUCUAUCUGAAUCUUUGCAUUUUAAACAAGAACCAGCCCUCUCCUUUUCACUCAUAGAACACAAUAGCACACCUGAACCUCUUGGGGUGUUGUCAUCUACUUCUGAGGGUUCGACGGAACCAUCUCUCACUGAGACUCUCUCCAGCUCAGAACACAGUCGAGCCAUUUACCUAUUAAGGUCAGUAUCACAUCAGUCGGAUAGUUUAGAGGGUGAUACAGCUAUAGCUCCUGUGUCAGACCUUUAUAUUUUUGAAAGUGACACACAGGACUUCAUCUUGAGCCCUAAUCCCCAGGAGAUUCAAUGUCCUGAAUACCAGACAUUAUCACAAACUGACUACGAUGCACAUGUCCUGAUGGGUGAUUCAGACCAGGUGGUGACACAAUGCCAUUGUGGCUCUAGUGAGGAACGAGCUAUGGUGGACUAUGAGUCAGACGUGAGCCAACAUGCAAAGCUAAGACCCCUUGCUGUGGAUGCCUGUGAGGCAGGCUUGAUGUCGGUAAAUGAUGGGAGUCGAGGGAAAGCAGAGGUCACUGAUUUAACCCCCCAACCACGGCGAAGUGACAGCCCUAUCGAGCUGUGGCUGGACGCAUGCCAGUAUCUAGCAGGAGAGUCAGGUUACAACCCUGAUGGUAGCGACGGGAUUGGCUGGUCCAGCGAUGACACCAAAGGUUGGGGGCCACCUGUUGAGAGGUGGUCAUCAGUGGACAGCUGGGCAAGUGCACUCUCAGACUGGGCCGGGAUCAUCGCAGCUCCACCAGAGGACUUCACAGCUGCCUUCACAGAGAUAGGGGCUGAGAUAGAUGCUCUGACACAGGCACUAGCAAAGGUAAAUACUCAUAUAGAAAUAGAGACAUCUAAAGAAGGAAAGGGUCAAGAGCCAGCAGCGCAGGCACAAACACAGCCACCCAUGGGUGUCCAGGAACAGCCUAUAGAGGCACAAAAUAUCCCAGAGAGCUCCGUCCUCUCUGGGCAGAGCUGCCUCGAGAGCUCACAGAGCCUUGAAUCCUUGUGUGAUUCAACAGCUACCACCACACAAGGAGAAAAUGAGCUAGAAGAGAUCCAGAGCAGUCAGGCUGAGCGCUCUCCAUGCCCCACACAGCAGCACUCAUCCAUGGGAUCAUCCGGUGGUACGGUGGCCUCUCCUGGAGGAUACAGUGUAGAUGUGAUACCUGGAUCUACUUCUUUUGCUGAUCUGGACCUUUGUCAUUUUGGAGGAUUUGUCGAGUCAGACAAUUUCAUGAGCAAUGAAGAAGAUCCAAUCAUACUGAAUAUAAUAGAGGAUACCGAUUUGGAGGGACAAAAUACACGUGGUGAGCUAGUAAUUGAGGAGCCCUUUGGAGAUGAAGUGUGUGAAGUGACAGAUGAACACAGUGUCACCCAGCCGGAUUUGGUGGCCAAGCAAGAAGCCAAAAGGAGGUGUGGGCCAGCUGGGAUUGAUCGUAAAGGAACUGAACCUUCAACAGAUCUUAAUUUCGCCAAAAAACACACUCUGACAAACUCACAAGUUCCAGGUUUGCACACACAACCAGGCCUCCGCACACACGUGUCAUCAGACACUUUACCGGACCUUGACGGAGCAUGUCAGUUGGGAGGUCAUAAGUUUAUUAUGCCCUUAGCUCCUUUUGGUAUCGGCUCCUCCCUCGUCGGUCAGACAAGCUGUUUGGAAGGAGAUCAAACAUGUUCCAAAAGGUCUCUCAAUGACAACAGAAACCUUUGUUGUGAUCACGUACAACCUUGUGUUAUCUGGCCAACCUUGGAUGGGAUAACUGAGAAAACAUCUCUGGAAGCUGAUGAGGCUUUGAUUCAUAAAAAGGGAAAUACAACAGACUCUGCUGAGAAAUCUUCACCAGAGGGACAACUGGACUUUGCCCCUGCGAGGAAAACAAUAAUUGAGGAGAUUCAUGACCUCGGUGCAGAACUAUCAAAAUUGGCUGAUGUCCCUGCAGAUCAUUUCAUCAUCUCAGAGGGGAACCGCAUCGCAUUCAUAACUUUAGAUCUAAAUGACCCAUUUGUCUCCAAGGCUGCAAAACCCAUCGCCACAGCCAUACAAUCUGAGUUGAAUCUGAAAACAGCUGAAAAGAUGCCACACAAAACCCACAAGUCCACCUCAGAGAGCAAAACACGCUCCAAAAAGGACAAAACAGGUGGUCAUCAUUAUGGUGCACAAGUCUCCAAGAAACAGGAGAAUGUAUCUCACCAUGUUUCAGCCCAGCAGGUCUGCAAACAACAAGAAACUCAUCCUCUUACUGGGGAAAAUCACACCAGUGAGAACGCUCCAGUCGGGCUUGAGGACAAGGAGGCUAAAUUGGUGAUUGAGACUGGUGUAGCAACUGAGAAGGCGCCAAACAAGCCACACGGGAAGAAGAAAAAGAAACAUGCUCCGAAUGCAACAGGAGUGAAAAGUGUAGUUGAGCCACUGGUUGAAGUGGAGAAUGGAGCAAAACCACACACUGCAAAAGGAAGGAUUGAUAUGUUUGAGGCCAAGAUGGGUGCUGGGAAGACUCAAAAGGACAGUGAUCAGUCAGAUGAGAAAAAGUCCCAGAAACCAGAGGCUAAAGCUAAAGCUUCCCGGGAAGAACUACCUCCACAUCAUCCAGAUCAUAAAGACCACCAGCCAAACAACUUCACCAGUCCUCUGAACGAUGAUAUUAUUAAAAGACGACGCCUGUCAGAGGAUAAGUUUGGAAAGAUUGUCAGUGGUUUGGAGUCUAAACUUCCGAAGCCAGAAACUUCCAUUCAGACAAAGGGAGAGGAGCCCAAAGUAGAUACCGGGGCAACUCGCAAAAAGGCGUACAGUGAAGUGGUCAAACAGAAAAUCCCACCUAAGGAAGACCCCAAGGUAGUGCAGCCUAUCCAGGCAGUGUCAGUGAGUGGGGACCCCCAGAGUCUGUGCCUGUGGUGUCAGUUUGCUGCUGUCUUCUCCCACCACACUGUCACCUGGAGCAGAGGGGACACUGUCCUGUCUGAGAGCAAGAGAAGUGCAGGGGACGAGAGCAGAAUGUCACUGACCAUCACAAACGUUUCUCACAAAGACUUGGGCAAGUACCAGUGUCGGCUCACUAGUUUACAUGGAUCAGUCACCCUGGACUAUCUGCUCACAUAUGAAGUGCUUAGUGAGAUUGUCAUCCCUCCAUCUCCAAAGACCAUCUUAUCUGCCCCUGUAGAGGUUGGUAGUGAAGAAGAGGAUGUCCACUGUUCCAGGCUGAUUUUCAAAGAGGAUUUCCUAUCUGACCAACACUUUGGAGAGAACCAACAUGCCAGCAUCAUCACUGAAAAGAUCCACUUUGGGGAGGGGAUGCACCGGCGGGCUUUCCGGACCAAGCUGCAGGCGGGUCAGAUAUCUCUGUUACUACCUGGAUGCUCCUGUGUGCUCAAAGUACACAAUGCUAUCAGCUACGGGACCAAGAACAAUGACGAGCUCGUUCAGAAAAACUUUUCCUUGGCUGUAGAGGAGUGCCAUGUCCAGAACACAGCAAGAGAGUACAUCAAGGCGUACAACACUGCUGCGCAGUCUGUGGAAGCCUUUGGAGAGAUCCCAGAGAUCAUUCCCAUUUACCUGGUUCACCGUCCAUCCAAUGACAUCCCGUACGCCACGCUGGAGGAGGAGCUGAUUGGUGACUUUGUCAAGUAUUCGGUCAAGGACGGCAAAGAGAUCAACCUGAAGAGACGCGACUCGGAGGCAGGACAGAAAUGUUGUGCUUUCCAGCACUGGGUCUAUCAUAAGACUGAGGGCAACCUGCUGGUUACUGACAUGCAAGGAGUGGGAAUGAGGCUCACUGAUGUGGGAAUAGCCACCUCUAAGAAAGGAUAUAAGGGCUUCAAAGGAAACUGUGCCACCUCCUUUAUUGACCAGUUCAUAGCUUUGCACCAGUGCAACAAGUACUGUGAGAUCCUGGGCCUCAAAUCCAUGCAGCCCAAACCUAAAAAGCCUGCAUCCGCUCCGAAACCCAGACCCCAACAAGCCUCUGCUGCACCCAAGAAGAAACUAUUUGGGCCAACAGUGAAGGAUUUUGGCCUGUCAAGGAGGAAUCAGAAAGGUGUCCAAAGUUUUGCGCUGCAGAAGGCCACAUGAUGGAGAGGACAGAUGUGUUUGACUCUGAAGAGAGCAAUUUUUACACAACCAGCGAGAGUUUUUGCUUCAUCUCGUGUUGAACAUUUGAGAGAUAUAUUUUAUUUUAUUGAGAUUAUUUCUGUACUAGAGUAUAUUUAUUAUUUCGGGGAGGACUUUAUUUCACGAGUCUGUAGGGAGGGCAGGGGGGGGGGAGCUCUGGCUUGUUUGUAACUUGCUACUUGUUGCUUGUAACAGAUUAAUUUCCCAAUUUGGGAUUAAUAAAGUCCAUCUAUCUAUAUAUUUCUUUAAACCAAUUACAACCAUCCUGGGUGGCACUAACCCCCUAUAGCAGCAAUAAGGGAAGGGACGUCUGGCAUGUGAGAGAUCAGCAGUCUUUAUCCCAGCAAUUUGCAUCCCUUGAGCCAGACUAGGAAAACUGUGACAAAUUUAACAAACACUUAAAAAUGAUGAUGAUAAUGAUGAGUUUAUGGACAGUGUUGAACUGUGAUGUCUUAGAGAUGAGUUUUUAUUGUUUUUCUACUUCGGUGAUGUCUUCAAACUAUUAGUUCAUUAAAUUAAUGAACUUGUUUAUUAAUUGAAUAGAGGAAAUGUCUUUUACGUAGGUUGUUUGAUAAAAUACACACAGUAGAGAACACGUCUUGUUUUGGAUUCAGUAUGAGUGGGCAAUUUUCGUGUAUUUGGUGGGUGAGGUGACAAAGGUAUAUAAUAAUGGCAUUUUCAGUAUAAUGUUAGAUUAUUAUAAUGUUUUUUUUUUCAUUAAGUAAAAGCUACUGAUUCAGGAUAAGCUAAUUUUUUUAUUCUGGAAACAACACAAAUACAUUUUGUACACACACAAAGUAUGCAUUUGAUUGUAUUCACUGAUAAAUGUGAAGAUUUAUUGAUUUAUCAUUUAAUUGUCUGGUGCAAUUCUGAUUGUUAAAUUGCUUUUUAAUGUCUGGCAUCAUUUCAAGGAUCUAUAUGUUACCGGUCCAGCUCAAACUGAGUGAGAGAAAUGUAAAACCAAAUCCAGAGCCUACUUACACACUCAACCACAUACCAGCUAUUCAAAGGCAGUCUCAAACGGUCUCCAUAUAAUAACCCUCUCUGUUCAACUCUCACUGUUGCUUUUUGAAUCCCUGACUCAAAUUGCAGACAUGGUUUUCAGGUUGCAGCUAUGGCCAGUGUGUAAUCACACAGUAGAUCUUUGUUAUUAAAGAGAUGUUGCUGGUUCAA